GAGCGGAGCAUCCUUCAGGGAGCCGUGCGGAGUGAUGGUCUGUGCGUUCUUCUCAUCUGCUCUGGACGGUUCUGGGAUGUGUUCUGGAGGAGGCAGCGAUCCGGCAGCAUCUGCACCACAGAACCCGACAUGAAUGACAAAUAAAAGAACAUAUUUUUUUUCCCUCAAGCCAGCCAGCAGCACAGGAAUGUGCACAUUUCUGACGACAUUUUGGAUCCUACCUCGUUUCGUGAUUUAUUUAUCUUUCUUAAUCCCGCAAAAUCAGUUUUGCAGAAUUUAUGCCAACUUUCAUUUUUUUUUUUAAAUUAUAAAAAAAAUAUAUUUUUAAACGUAUUCAUUAUUUAUUUAUUUUUUGUGUGUGAAGUAGGGUUGUUUGGGGCGUUUUUCUUUUGUCAGCCGUGAACAAAGUUCUGCCAUGGCACUAGUGAUGGAGCCUGUGAGCAAGUGGAGCUCCACUCAGGUGGUUGACUGGAUGAAAGGUCUGGAUGAUUGCCUGCAGCAGUACAUCAAGACUUUUGAGAGAGAGAAAGUAGGCGGAGACCAGCUGCUGCGGAUCACGCACCAGGAGCUGGAGGCAUUGGGAGUGUCCAGGAUUGGACAUCAAGAGCUCAUACUGGAGGCUGUGGACUUGCUCUGUGCUCUGAAUUACGGGCUCGAGACUGAGAAUCUGAAGACACUUUCUCAUAAGCUUGGCGCAUCUGCCAAGAAUCUGCAGAACUUCAUCACCGGGAAGCGGCGUAGUGGCCAUUAUGACAGCCGAGCGACACGCAAGCUGCCCAACGACUUCCUGACCUCUGUGGUGGAUCUGAUCGCUGCAGCCAAAAGCCUUCUUGCGUGGUUAGACAGGUCUCCGUUUGCUGCAGUGGCAGAUUACUCCAUCACCAGGAACAAUGUGAUCCAGCUGUGUCUGGAGCUCACCACCAUCGUCCAACAGGACUGCUCAGUGUAUGAAACAGAAAACAAAAUCCUGCAUGUGUGCAAAACUCUGUCUGGAGUGUGUGAGCACAUUAUCUCUCUAUCUUCGGAUCCCAUGGUGUCACAGGCUGCACAUUUGGAGGUUGUUCAUUUGGCCAACAUUAAAUCCACCGAAGGCCUGGGUAUGUACAUCAAAUCAACGUAUGACGGGCUGCACGUAAUCACCGGGACAACGGAAGGGUCCCUGGCAGACCGCUGUAAGAAAAUCCAUGCUGGGGAUGAAGUCAUUCAGGUCAAUCAUCAGACCGUGGUUGGCUGGCAGUUGAAGAACUUGGUGAACUUGUUGCGUGGGGACCCUGCAGGUGUCACUCUGACACUGAAGAAACGCCCACAAAGCACGCUCACCUCGACUCCUGCUCUCCUCAAGAACAUGAGAUGGAAACCUUUGGCUCUACAGCCAAUUUUUCCUCAGAGCCCCAGUAGCAGCGUUACCACACCCACUAGCACUCUGAGCACUCCAUCCAGGAGGAGUAGCUGCGCCCUGCAGGACCUCUACAUUCCCCCUCCUCCAGCAGAGCCCUACACCCCCAGAGACGAGACGGGAAAUCUGCCAGGUGACGACUCUCAGUCAGACCUUCACGCGGCUAAAGGAUCUGAGUCACCAAACUCCUACCUGGACCAGGCGUGCCAGCGGCACUUCCCACUGGUGGAGGAGGAUUCUAUUUUGUACUGCUACGAAUAUGACCAGAACCAAGGGGUGUCUUCAGUUUGUCGGGGGAGCACUCCUACCUAUGGCAGGCUCAGACCCAUCUCAAUGCCGGUGGAAUACAACUGGGCGGGAGACAGCGAAGACCUGCCGAAGCCCAAGAGAGAGAGCAGAAGGGAGAAUUCCCUUCUGAGAUUUGCGAGUGAAGACAAAACCCCAGGAGAGCAGUUCCUGCUGGGACGCAGCCUGAGUCACAACAGGAGGAAGAACGAAAGAGGAAGCAGCCCCACCCAUUACACGCUCGCCCCGGCCCUCCAGAUGCAAGUCUCACUGUCCACCUCCAGUUCUGACUCCGCCUCCCUUUACCAUGUAUUUGAGCGAUCCUCUCUGCGUUCAAGAUCAAAGAAAAGUAAAGGUGGAAGCCCGAUACCUUCAAUCAGUAAGCGGCGGAUUUCCUGCCGGGAUUUGGGCCAGGGUGACUGCGAGGGCUGGCUGUGGAAGAAGAAGGAUGCUAAAACCUACUUUUCACAGAAGUGGAAGAAGUACUGGUUCAUCCUGAAAGACACAUGCCUGUACUGGUACAUGAAUGAGGAUGAUGAGAAGGCAGAGGGUUUCGUCAGCCUCCCAGAGUUCAAGAUUGAUCGUGCUACUGAAUGCAGAAGGAAGUUUGCCUUCAAGGCUUGCCAUCCGAAGAUAAAGACCUUCUACUUUGCCGCAGAAAAUGUAGACGACAUGUCCCGGUGGCUGAGCCGUCUUAGCAUGGCGAUAGCGGGCUAUUCUGAGCAGGAGAAAAUUCGCCAGGAUCAAGAUUACUGGAGUGAGAGUGAUCAUGAAGACAUGGAGCUGCCCUCGGCGCCUAAACAGGAUAGUCCACCACCACCUUACGACACGUAUCCCAGAGCAGCAUCAGUGAGCCCAUACCUGGAACCAAAGCAUGGCCAUCUCUCCUCCUCGGACACAUUUCAGUCACGCUCCUCCCAUGAGGAAUUCCGCUCAGAGCCUCAGGAAGGUGGGAGCGGCAGCAACAACAGCAUCUCUCCAGGACGGAACUUAAGCAGCCACCGAAACUCAUGGCAGGACCAAAUGGAGACGUCGAUGGCCAACUCGAGGUUCCACUACCUUCAGUCAGGUCCUGUGGAGGAGUCGUCAUUGUCUGAAGACAGAGACCAACUAGCCAUGGAGUACCGCAGGCAGUCCACUCUGCCUGCACAGCGCAACCUGUUGCAGGAACAAUAUGGAGCACUGCUUUUACCGCUCAAUUCCAGCAUAGCUACAGAGGCAGGAGGGAAACCCCGCAGCUUCACACUGCCCAGGGACAGCGGGCUUCAUGCAAUACUGGCUGCCAGCGCACUGGAGCAGAGAGAGCCUCAGCACUACCAGAUGGACACAGCCAGAGACACAGGCCGUAGACGCGAUUGCAGGUUGCAGUCCGACUCUUUAGGGGAUUUGUACCGCGCUCUGGAGCAGACCAGUUUGUCCGCCUCGACUGACCACAGACCAGGCAGCCGCCUGGAGUACAAGCGCUCAUUCGUGCGCCGAGUGAAUGACCCACUGCUUAAUGAAAAGCUUCACCGCCUCCGCAUCCUCAACAACGCACUGAAGAAUGUCCCUCUUCAGGACACAAACCCAUCACUGGGUUAUCUAGGUUAGCGUGGGAGGAUCGGUGUGACGUCUUGAACAUAUCGCACUGCCUGUGCCUCACGCAGCCUGCAGCUGGAGAUUAAAGGCAUCAGAAUUUUUAACGCUCGGGUGUGCAGCUGUCCUUCGUUUAAUUGUCCUUCGGUCCUGCUCACCAUGCAGAAGCGGGGAGACUCAGUGUUCCUCUCAGUUCCAUCAAUUUUGCUCAAAGAUAAGAAGCGUCACAGCUGUUCAAACAGAUGAUGAGCUUGAUAAGUUAAAUAGUAAAUUCACAGAGUUUAAAAGGGGCAAAUACGCACUUUGGGUCCAUGUAAAAGACUUGUUGGAAAGCUGUUCAUAUGCAUGGCCGUUUUCCUUUUGCUUCUUUUGACUGGAAGAUUCUGCAGGUAACGUGCAAAAUCAAGGAGGUGACGAUCGUUCACAGGAGUUUCUUAAUGCAUGUGUGAAUAAGUAUGUUUGCUCUAUGAGUGUACGUACGUGGUGUUCAGAAUAUAUUUCAUAUUUCAUGUUCUACAUCAGCAGUGACUACACAAUAUUUUGGGGUUCUUAUACAAAUUGUAAAUCAAGUGCUGUGCCUCAGUGAUUGUGAAUGUACACUGUUGUACCUUUCAAACAGGAAUAAGAGAAAAUAUGAGCCACAAGCUUCCCUCAAAGCAGGGGCACAAACAUGCUGUAAUGCUGGGCAAUAAUGAACUAGUAUUGUAAAUUACAAUGGAAUGAACAGAACAGUUGUCUAUUUUUGUAUGUAUGAUGUCUACCUUAUUGUUUGUACAACGGUUUUGUAUUUCUAAGUAUUUAGUCUGGCGAAUACUGGUGUCAAACCCCAUAAACUUUCCAUUUUUAAAGGGGUCAUAUUGUGCAAAAUGUGAUUUAUUUUUUACCCCUAAACUUUAAGGUUGGUGUUUGAUGGUAACAUCCUCAAAGUCCCAC